AGAUGCAUGCUCUCUUGUGGUUACUUGCAUUAUUUACGACUGUCAUGUGUCAGCCAUUGUUCGACAUAGAGAAACAGCUGUAUGGACUGCAAGAACCACAACAGCUCCAAAUGUAUGAUGAUGUCAAUGGACUGACUGCAGUGAAACGGGGACGUUUGCUAAAUCUGAUUGGUUUGAAUUCCCGAUUCACCGAUCCCUUCAGACAGCGAAUGAUCAAAAAGAAGAUUCGCUCAGUGAGGAUGGAUAACGAGCACAUCUUCGACUACUAAAUGAGAAGCUCUUUGGUCAACUAAGCUCAUCAAUCAGCUCGGUUGAAUCUCAAUAGCGAAGGAUCUUUUUCUGAACAUUGUAAAUACGGAUCUUACAUCAUCAGUUUUAUGAAUGAAUGCUUUGUUAUUUCUUUUAGUUAUUACUUUUUGAUGUUUGGGCAUAUUUCUUGCUGAG